AUCCAUUAAACGGUAAAAAUUUUUGGCAGUGAAAACGUUUUAAUUAAGAAUAAAUUAAUUGCUCAGACCGGAUCAAUCAAACACAAAAAGUUUCCAGCGGAGCUUACGGCAAAGGAAAAUAUAUAUUUAUAUAUAUAUAAACAUAAAUAAGGACCAACAAGUAGACGACGAGGAACGACUCAACGAUGGGCAACAUACACACGACGGGUCCCAAUGAGGCGUUAAUUGUUUCAGGUGGCUGCUGUGGCUCGACCAAGAAGCGUACCAUUGUUGGCGGCUGGGCGUGGGCAUGGUGGCUGGUUACCGAUGUGCAGCGUUUGUCCCUCAAUGUGAUGACCCUGAAUCCGAUGUGCGAGAAUGUGGAGACCUCCCAGGGUGUACCACUAACGGUCACUGGUGUGGCUCAGUGCAAGAUCAUGAAGUCAUCUUCGUAUAAGAAUAACGAUUAUAAUAACGACGAGGCCGACGAGCUUCUAGGCACUGCCAGCGAGCAAUUCCUGGGCAAGAGCGUCAAGGAGAUCAAGCAGACGAUCCUGCAGACCCUCGAGGGACAUCUGAGAGCUAUAUUGGGAACGCUUACAGUCGAAGAGGUGUACAAGGACCGCGACCAAUUUGCGGCCUUGGUCCGCGAAGUGGCCGCACCGGACGUGGGUCGCAUGGGCAUCGAGAUACUCUCGUUCACCAUCAAGGAUGUCUACGAUGAUGUGCAAUAUUUGGCCUCGCUGGGUAAGGCUCAGACCGCUGUAGUUAAGCGAGAUGCCGAUGCCGGUGUGGCAGAGGCCAAUCGUGAUGCCGGUAUACGUGAGGCAGAGUGCGAGAAGAGCGCCAUGGAUGUUAAGUACUCGACGGAUACAAAGAUCGAGGAUAAUACUAGAAUGUAUAAGCUGCAGAAGGCCAAUUUUGAUCAGGAAAUCAAUACGGCUAAGGCUGAAUCGCAGUUGGCCUAUGAAUUGCAGGCGGCCAAGAUACGUCAGCGUAUACGUAACGAGGAGAUACAGAUCGAGGUCGUUGAGCGACGUAAACAGAUUGAGAUUGAGUCGCAGGAAGUGCAGCGCAAGGAUCGUGAACUUACUGGCACUGUCAAGCUGCCCGCCGAGGCAGAGGCAUUCCGUCUCCAGACUCUGGCCCAGGCCAAGCAAUGCCAGACCAUUGAGGGUGCCCGUGCCGAGGCGGAGCGUAUACGUAAGAUCGGUUCGGCAGAGGCCCAUGCCAUUGAGCUGGUGGGCAAGGCGGAGGCGGAACGUAUGAGGAUGAAGGCCCACGUUUACAAGCAGUACGGCGAUGCUGCUAUCAUGAACAUUGUACUCGAAUCACUGCCGAAGAUUGCCGCUGAAGUGGCUGCACCGCUGGCCAAGACAGAUGAGAUUGUACUGAUUGGCGGUAAUGAUAAUAUAACCAAUGAUGUGACCCGCUUAGUGGCCCAACUACCGCCAUCGAUCAACGCUUUGACCGGAGUGGAUUUGUCGAAGGUCCUAUCGAAGAUACCCGGGGCCAAGGCGUGAAAUCUAAUGGAAUGGGAUAUCCAGGAAAUGGCAAUGACAACGUAACGCAGCCCAAAGGAAUUGUAACCGAUCUAAAGUCUAGUAUUAACUACGUUUAAAAAGUCUACGAAAUGGGGAUAUAAUCUCUAUAAGAUCUCUCUACUUCGUAGGCUUUAUUAAACGUAGGAAAUACUAAGCUUAGAACCGGAAAAAUGGAUAGACAAAAACUGGAAGUAAAAAAGGAGAGACGACAGGAAAGCUGAGGAAAAACGACGAAGCUAGUGUGCUAGAGAGGGAGCGUGCAUUUGUUAGAAAGAAAGAAAAGAAAAAAAAACGAUAGCAGCGAACCGAAAUUGAAACUGCAAAACUGCAAUCGAACGUAGCAAAAUGUACUCCGAUAUUAUAUUUAUAUUUAUAUAUAUAUAUAUAUAUCUUUGUAUAUGUAUAUGCACACAUGCAAUACACACAUACACUUGUCUCGUCUGUGUGCUGUGCCAGAGUCUGUGUGUGUGUGUGUGUGUGUGAUGUUUGCCCGCGUAACAAUCAAAAAAAAAAAGAAAACAAAAAAAGCAAAACCAACGUUAAUCUCAGCUAAAGUUAUGCAUUUCGUACGCAACAUUUUGUGGCCUUUUCUGUCGAAAACGAAAAACGAUAACGAUAACGAUAACAAAAACAAAAAAACAA